AUGGCCGACCACCCGGAAAAAGACGUCUCAACACCAGAUGCGCUCGCAGCCACCGUCGCUCGUCAGGAUGAGCCUGCACGCGUUGCCGAGACACUAGACGUGCCAUCCAGCGGCAAGAGUGACAGUGCCGAGUCGCACAGCGUCGACAAUGAAAAGUCGCACACGAACCCUGACACCCACGAGGCCAACGGGCUAACGGUUACCCAAACUAACGCUACCGACGCGAGCGUUGGAACAACGGCCACCAGGAUACCGCAGGGGAAAAAGACUUGGAAGCAAAGGCUCAACCCCCUUCGUUGGGGGGGCAUUCCUGAAAUUCCCCAGGAGCGCAUCGUCUCCCGAGAGCAUGGCGCGAGCUUUUUCAGCCAGCUCUUUUUCAACUGGAUGACCCCCCUCAUGACGACUGGUUACAAGAGACAGCUGCACGAGCGUGAUCUCUGGGCCGUGAACCCCGAUCGAGGCGCCCAAGUCCUGACCAACAAGGUGAAAGCGGCAUUCAAGCGCAGAAUUGCAGCAGGCUCCAAGCGCCCGCUCUUGAUGGCUCUAUAUGACAGCUUUACCUUUGAGUUUUGGCUUAGCGGGUUUUGCGCCUUCAUCUCGACCAUGCUCCAAGUCAUUGCGCCCUUUACCCUGCGCUACCUCAUCCAAUUCGCCACCAAAGCCUACUAUGCCCAUAUCCUACACACGGCACCGCCACACAUUGGCGAGGGUGUCGGUCUUGCCGUUGGCAUUACCAUGAUGCAAGUUGUUGGCAGUCUCUGCAUCGGCCAUUUCAUCUACCGAGGCAUGAUGAUGGGUGGCCAGAGCCGUGCUGUUCUGAUUGGCAUGAUCUACGACAAGUCCAUGGUGAUUUCUGGCCGCGCCAAAGCUGGCACGACUAAAGACCGUCUGUCACCCGACGAGGGUGGCGCCGAAAAGCCAGAUGUUGAUAAUGUCGGCGAUACCAAGAAAUCGAAAAAGGAGAAAAAGGGAAAGGGUGAGAAGCCGAAUGACAUUGGUUGGGCGAAUGGUCGCAUUGUCAACUUGAUGAGUGUCGAUACCUACCGUAUUGACCAGGCUUGCGCUCUGGGCCAUUUCAUUUGGACUGCACCCAUCGCCUGUAUUGUGACUCUGGUCCUCCUCCUUGUUAACUUGACAUACAGCGCGCUGGCUGGUUUCGGCCUGCUCGUCCUUGGCGUGCCACUUCUCACAAAGGCCAUCCAGAGCCUGUUCGUUCGUCGCAAAAUCAUCAACCAGAUCACUGAUAAGCGCGUCUCACUGACCCAAGAAAUUAUUCAAUCGGUUCGCUUUGUCAAAUACUUUGGCUGGGAGACGGCCUUUUUGGAGCGCUUGGCCGAGAUUCGCUCCAAGGAAAUCUAUUCCAUCCAGAUUCUGUUGGCCACUCGAAAUGCCAUCAACUCCGUCAGCAUGGCUUUGCCUGUUUUUGCCUCGAUGCUGUCCUUUAUCACCUACCGCCUGACCAACCACAACCUCGCCCCCGCUGAAGUCUUCUCAUCGCUGGCGUUGUUCAACAGUCUCCGAAUCCCACUCAACCUUUUGCCUCUUGUUCUUGGACAGGUCAUUGACGCCAUGUCAUCUAUAAGUCGAGUAGAGGAGUUCCUCCUCGAGGAGGAACAGGAGGAAGAUAUUGUUGUCAAGCUGGAUGGCGAACACGCCGUCGAGAUGAAUCAUGCAUCCUUCACCUGGGAGCGCACCAAGAACAAGGAGACUGAACUUUUGACUGACCCCAAGGAGAAGAAAGCUGCUGCCGCUGCCGCUAAGGAGGCCAAGGCGCAGCUCAAUUCGACAAAGCCUGCCGAAGAGGAUGCGCCAAAGGAGGCCGCCCAUGCGGAAGAGCGCGAGCCGUUCAAGCUCCAGGGCCUCAACUUUACCGCCGGACGAAACGAACUAUUGGCCGUCAUUGGCUCUGUUGGUUGCGGAAAGAGCUCACUUCUCGCAUCACUGGCGGGUGACAUGCGCAAGACUGAGGGUGAAGUUGUCUUCGGCGCUUCGAGGGCCUUCUGUCCUCAGUAUGCGUGGAUUCAGAAUACGUCUCUACAAAACAAUAUCACCUUCGGAAAGGAUAUGAAGAAGUCCUGGUAUAGAGACGUAAUCGACGCAUGCGCUCUGCAGGCCGAUCUCGACAUGCUGCCCAAUGGCGAUCAAACCGAAAUCGGUGAGCGUGGUAUCACAAUCUCUGGAGGUCAGAAGCAGCGUCUCAAUAUUGCCCGCGCCAUUUAUUUUGAUGCCGAUAUUGUCCUCAUGGACGACCCGCUCAGCGCUGUCGAUGCCCAUGUCGGUCGUCACAUCUUUGACAAUGCCAUUCUUGGGCUUCUCAAGGACAAGUGUCGCAUACUGGCCACGCACCAGCUUUGGGUGUUGAACCGAUGCGACCGCAUCAUCUGGAUGGAUGCCGGCAAGAUUCGCGCCAUUGACACCUAUGAUAACCUCAUGCGCGACGAGGAAGGCUUCCGCGCCUUGAUGGAGACGAAUGCCGUCGAGAAGGAGGAGGAAGAAGAGUCCCAGGUUGAAGAGACGGCCGAGAAGGGCGAGGACAAGCCCAAGAUGGAGCGUGUGGAAACCUCAGCUGAGGACCGCGCCAAGAGCAAGAAGAAUAAGAAGCAAGCCAUGCUCAUGCAGCAGGAAGAGCGGGCUGAAAAGUCGGUUCCAUGGUCUGUGUACACGGGCUAUCUUCGGGCUUCUGGCAGCAUAUUCAACCUGCCCUUUCUUGCUCUUGUGCUUAUCUUGUCCCAGGGUGCCAAUAUUGUCACUAGUCUGUGGCUGUCGUGGUGGACGUCGGACAAGUUUGGCUAUACGGACGGCGUCUACAUCGGCGUGUAUGCCGCCCUCGGCUUCAGCCAAGCCUUUCUCAUGUUUGCGUUUUCCGUGCUACUGACCGUGCUGGGCACCACUGCCAGCAAGAGCAUGCUGCGGGACGCCGUGACGCGCGUGCUCCGGGCGCCUAUGUCCUUCUUUGACACCACGCCGCUGGGCCGCAUCACCAACCGUUUCUCGCGCGAUGUUGACGUCAUGGACAACAACUUGACUGAUGCCAUUCGCAUGUUCUUCUUCACGCUCGCCAACGUUACCGCUGUCUUCAUCCUCACCAUUGCCUACUACUACUACUUUGCUGCUGCGCUGGUUCCUCUGUACAUUCUCUACAUGAUUGCGGGAACCUACUACCGGUCCUCUGCGCGCGAGGUGAAGCGCUACGAAUCCGUCCUUCGCUCUAGUAUGUUUGCACGCUUCAGCGAAGGUCUGAGCGGUGUCUCGUCCAUUCGCGCCUAUGGCCUCCGCGACAGAUUCAUGGGUGACUUGCGCAAGUCUAUUGACCAAAUGAACGGAGCCUACUACCUCACCUUUGCCAACCAGCGUUGGCUUUCUGUACGCCUGGACAUGAUUGGCAACCUCCUCGUUUUUGUGGUGGCUAUUCUGGUCGUCACCUCUCGGUUCACCGUCAGCCCCUCGACUGGUGGUCUGGUUCUCAGCUACAUGCUGUCGAUUGUGCAAAUGCUGCAAUUUUCCAUUCGCCAGCUUGCUGAGGUGGAAAAUGGCAUGAAUGCCGUCGAGCGUCUCCGCUACUACGGACAUGAAUUGGAGGAAGAAGCUCCUCUCCAUACCGUUGAUGUGCGUCCCAGCUGGCCGGAAAAGGGCGAGAUUGUGUUUGAAAACGUCGAAAUGCGCUAUCGCCCUAACCUGCCACUGGUUCUCAAGGGUCUCUCCAUGCACGUCAAGGGUGGCGAGCGCAUCGGCGUUGUCGGACGAACCGGCGCGGGCAAGUCGUCCAUUAUGAGCACGCUGUUCCGCCUCGUUGAGAUUUCCGGCGGCAAGAUUUCCAUUGACGGGCUCAACAUCUCCACCAUUGGUCUCGGCGACCUUCGCAAGCGUCUUGCCAUUAUCCCUCAAGAUCCAACGCUAUUCCAGGGCACGGUGCGCUCCAACCUGGAUCCGUUCCAGGAGCACGACGACCUCGCGCUGUGGUCGGCACUGCGGCAGGCCGAUCUCGUGGGCGCCGACGCGGCCAUCGAUGACCGCUCGGACGCGUCGCGCAUCCAUCUCGACAGCAUCGUCGAGGACGAGGGUCUCAACUUUUCGCUCGGGCAGCGGCAGCUCAUGGCGCUCGCCCGCGCGCUUGUGCGCGGCGCGCAAAUCAUCGUUUGCGACGAGGCGACAUCCAGUGUCGACAUGGACACGGACGACAAGAUUCAGCGCACCAUGGCGGCGGGCUUUCGCGGCAAGACGCUGCUGUGCAUUGCGCACCGCCUGCGUACUAUCAUUGGCUACGACCGAAUCUGCGUCAUGGACGCCGGUCGUAUAUCAGAGCUAGAUACGCCUGCAAAUCUGUACCGCAACGCUGACGGCAUUUUUCGCGGCAUGUGCGAUCGUAGCGGCAUCAGCUUGGGGGAUAUCGAGAUGGCAGCGCGUACCAUGGCGACGAUUGAUAGCAGUACCGGCUCUGUGCCGCGCAUUGCGGAAACUAACGCUUGA